AUGGUGGCAAUUGAUGGUGAUGGUUGUGGUAGCGGUGGUGGUGGUGGUGGUGGUGAUGGUGACAGUGUAGUAGUGCUAGUAGUAGCAGUAGUGAUGGUGGUUGUAGUAGUUUACCAGAUAUUGAUGGCUUCGUCUUCUUCUUCCUCUUCUUCUAUCAAUCCUCAGUGGAAGAAGUAUGAUGCGUUUAUAAGUUUUAGAGGUGCAGACAUCCGAGAAGGUUUUCUCAGUGAUCUUGUUUAUGAUGAAGAUGGCUUUGUUGGAAUUGAUUCUCGUGUGAAGGAAGUUGAAUCAUUGUUAUGUCUUGAAUCAGAAGAUGUGCUUAUGAUAGAAAUUUGGGGAAUGGGAGGUAUCGGUGAGACAACUAUUGCUGACAAAGUAUGUAAUGGAAUUGCAAACAAAUUUGAGAGUCGAUGCUUUAUUGCAAAUGUCCGAGAAGAGUUAGAAAAGCGUUCUCCAGUUCAAUUACGAGAUGAAAUCCUUGGCAAAAUAUUAAAGGGAGAAAAUUUUUAUGUAGGCACACCAUGUACAUUGCAUCCUUUCAUUAAAAGAAGUCUUCAUAAUAGAAGAGUUCUUAUUGUUCUUGAUGAAGUGGAUGACUACUUGCACCUAACAGACUUAGUUGGAGGGUGGAAUUUGUAUGGUCCAGGAAGUAGAGUCAUUGUAACAAGCAGAGAUAAGCAAGUGCUUGAAAUUGUGGACUGCAAGAAAUGUAUUAUUUAUGAGGUUGAGAAAUUAAAUGAUUGUGAAUCUCUUCGACUCUUUAGCUUGCACGCCUUCAAACAACCUCAUCCCGCAGAAGGCUACAUGAAGCAGCUACCAGAGAAAGUGAUAAGUUAUACUCAAGGAGUUCCAUUAGCCCUUAAAGUUUUAGGCUCCAACCUUUAUGGUAAAAGUGUGACAGAAUGGGAAAGUGAGUUGAAAAAACUUGAAACUAUUCCCAGUAAGAAAAUUCAGGGCAUUCUGAGAAGAAGUUAUGAUGAACUAGAUGAUAAUGAAAGGAACAGUGGAAUACGUAGUCUGCUUGAUAAGUCUCUCGUAAAUAUUUCCGAAAAGAAGGGGGCUGAAAGUGUUGAAGCCAUAUCAUUGGACAUGUCCAAAAUUAAAAAUAUGGAACUAUGUCCUUCUGCCUUUGAGAAAUUUUAUAAGCUUAGAUUGCUAAAAUUUUACAAUCCUGGCUAUGACGAAAUCAAGUUGCAUCUUCCUAGAGGCCUGAAAUUUCUUCCAAAUGAGCUGAGGUUUCUCUACUGGGAUCAAAACCCUUUGAAAUACUUGCCAUCAAAAUUUUGCCCUGAGAAUCUUUUUCUUGAAAACUUGAAAUUAAUGGACCUCCGCAACUCGAAACAACUGAUCAGAAUUCCAGACCCACUGAAAUUUCCAAAACUUGAGCAUAUGCAAUCUGAAAUCUCUAAAACGGCUAGACAUCUCACAUUGUGUGAAUCUCCAUGGAUUGCCAGAGAACUUGGGGGACUUGGAAUCUCUGGAGAACCUGAUUGCAACGAGAAGUGGCUUGGCCUGUCUUUAUUAUCUUUCUCUCCAGGGUUGUGGUAUAUCAGAAAUUCCCACAAUUGCAAGAGGCUUCAAUUUUUGCGGGAGUUUCCAUCAGCUCUUGAAUGGUUAGAUGCAGAAAAUUGCACAUCUCUGGAAUUUGUAUCAAGCACAUUCAUACAAGGAUAUAUGAAUUCCUAUUUGGAUUUGGAUCUUAGCAAAUGCAUUAAUUUGGAUCAGAGCUCUUUAAUGGAUUGUCUACUGCUCAAACUUCAAAGCAUGGGACCACCAGAGGCUGAUGCAACGAAGUUUGAUUGCCUAGAAUGUUUAUGCAUUGCGAGAAGUGAAGUGCCAAAAUGGAUGAUGUACAAAAAUCAUAAUGGAUCUUCAUUGUCAUUCUCUCUCACAACACCCCAUGCUACCGACUUCAUUAAGAUUGCUUUUUGUGCUCUAUUCGCACCCAAAGUUAAUGAUUCUCGUAAUUUAUUCAUGGCUAUUUCAUGCAAAUACCGCUUCAUGACUGAGUCUGGAGAUAGCCUCGAUGUGAAUUCCUCUUGUUCAAAGUUCAAUAUAAAUGACAUUUCCCUCUGGUAUUCCACCAUUCAUUUUAAUUCUAAGAAAUUCCGUAUCAGAGAGGCCUCAUUUCAAUUCUAUGGUAGAACCUAUCAAAGAGAAUUUAUUAGCGAGGUCAAACACAAGUGUGGAGUCCAUCUAAUGUUUGAUCAUAACUUGGAAGACGAUGAUGAUGAUGGUGGUAAUGAUAGAAAAAGACUGUCAGCGAUGGUGGCUUAUGAACGGGCCGAUGACGAGGGGUUGUUCUUUACUCAAUUUUCUGGAAUUUCGGAUCAAGUUGCUGAGGAUGAUUAUGAGCAAUAUCCAGAGAGACAUGAGUUUAAAGGUUUUGAUUUAAAUUUCGCAUUAUCUUUUUUAUUCACCUUAGUUAUAUGCCUGGCCGCUAAUUCAGAUCAAACCAAAGCCCAACCGACCCGGAUGAUCUUUGCUUUGAUGCUUAUUUGUGUGUGUUUGAAGCUACUUUCCUUCAACUCUUCUCUGUCUCUUCACGGAAUGCGCAACUAA